AUGCCGUCCUCAUCACUCUUUCUGAGGUCGAGCACCACACUCGUUUCUGCCUUGUCUUUACUGUCGGCUCCGGUUCUAGCCGCUCCCGCCUUGCCUGGCCAAGUUUACAGUCUCAAUACAUCGUACUCUGGCUCCGAGUUCUUCGAUGGCUGGAACUUCUACGAUGGAGCCGAUCCCACCCAUGGCUUCGUCACCUACGUGAGCCAAAGCGAGGCGCAAGCCGCAGGCCUGAUCUCGGCUGGAUCAUCUGCGAAGAUGUUGGUGGACUCGCAGACUGUCCUGCCAGUUCCCGCGAGCAGAGAUGUCUACUGGGACAGGAAUGGCGUCGGUCGCAGGAGUGUACGUAUCGAGAGCCAAAAGUCCUGGACUCAUGGUCUCUUCAUCGCCGAUCUAAACCAUAUGCCCUCCAGCAGUGACGCUGGAUGCGGUACCUGGCCAGCUUUCUGGGCCAUCGGUAGCGGCCCGUGGCCCAACAACGGAGAAGUCGACAUCAUCGAGGGCGCCAACGAUCAGCCAGCUAAUAACGCUGCCGGACAUACUGCAAAUGUCUGCACAAUUGAUAACCGUGGCGGAAGCGGAGUUCCUCUCUAUAGGAACUGCAACUACAACGAUAUCGAUCCGUGGGGCGCCCUCAAGAACCCUACUGGCUGCCAGGUCGCUUCAACCAGCUCGCAGAGUUAUGGUGCUGGGUUCAACUCUAUCGGCGGCGGUGUUUACGCCAUGGACUGGACCACCGAAGCCAUCAACUUCUACUUCUUCCCCCGUGGCAGCAUCCCUGCCGAUGUCAACAGUGCAAACCCUAACCCAUCGACAUGGGGUAUUCCCUUCGCCACCAUCGGCGGAUCGGGCUGCAACGUUGAAAACAACUUCAGAGACCUGCGUUUGGUAUUCGACACCACCUUCUGUGGUGACUUUGGUGAUGCCACAUGGGGCACCGGAACUUGUGCUACGCGGACCGGCUUUGGCUCCUGCGCCGCCUAUGUUGCAUCGAGUCCAGGUGCUUUCGCUAACGCCUACUGGGAUAUCAACUCUGUUCGCGUAUACCAGGCGGCUCCUGCGCCAGUAUUCUCGACCACUGCCUCUAGCUCCUCAAGUGCCGCCUCUACCUCCUCGAAUACCGCCUCUACCUCCUUGACUACCUCCUCUGGCUCCUUGACUACCGCCUCUGGCUCUUUGACUACUGCCUCUGCCUCGUCAACUACGGUCACAUCCUCCAUGACCUCGAGCUCCGGCAACUACACCUACACCGGGCAGCCCGAUCCCGUCAAGACCUGGGAGGACUCCAACAUCAGCGUCACCAAGACUGGCACAGAUCCUGAGCACACCUGGGAGGACUCCUCCGCACCUGUCGCCCCUGGCAAGCAAGGUUGGCAAGAUAACUCGAUAAAUCCCGCCAAGCCUUGUCACAAAUGUGACCACAGUGACGGCGCCAACGGUGCUGGACAGCAGUGGAACGACGCUUCUGGCUCCAACGGCGCUGACCCCAAAUGGCAAGACGCAGCUGGCUCCAGCGACCCCGCGCACCAGUGGAAGGAUGCCCCCAGCGCCAAUGGCCCAGGUCAGCAAUGGCAGGACGCCUCAGGUUCCAGCGACCCGGCGCACCAGUGGAAGGAUACUCCUGCCUCCUCCGACCCCGCCCAUCAAUGGCAAGACGCCGCCGCCGGCUCCGCGCCCGCCCAUGGCUCGUGGCCCGACGCGCCAGCUCCGGCAGGUGGCGCAAACAAGCCCGCCGACCCCGCCGCCGCCUGGUCUGAUGCCGCAGCGCCCGCCGCGCCAUCGAACACUGUAGCCCCAGCCAAUGGUGCCUGGUCUGACGCCGCCGCCGCGCCCUCGAAGCCCGUCGAUCCCGCCUCCGCCCCGGCCGCGUCCUGGUCCGACGCCGCCGUCGUCCCCGCCCAAGUCACGACCUACACGGUCAUCCCGCAGAAGACGCCCGUCGCCGACGCCAACGCCAGCAACCCCGCAGCUGAGACGUGGGCGGACGCCCCUGCUGCACCCUCUGCGGCGCCCGUGAAGCCUGCUGGCGCAAAUGGCUCUGGAAGCGACGAUAAGGUCAGCCCAUAUACGGGCGCGGCGGCCAGCAGCCGCUCCGUUGUGGCGUAUGGCGUUGUGGCGAUGGCGGGGCUUGUGGGCGCGUUCUUGCUGUAA